UCGAUGUUUACAAUUUUGCAUAUAAAUUGUUUAUUUUUUAUAAUUUCAUUACCCUAACUAGAAGAGAUAAAUAUUAUUCCAAAUUGGACGUAAAUACUUGCCGUUUAUUUAAUGCUCUUAUAAUAAUAUGGGGAUAAGCCAAGAUCAAAAACAGAUUAGAUAAAUGAGGAUCUAAGGUGGUGGAGUCCAUUGAUGACUAAUCACAGUUGAUAUUGUUCUAAAAAGGUCCUUUUUUUUAUAUACAACUACUAUAUGGUGCAACCUCAGGAAAAAAAAAAUAUCAUACAAUGUUGGUACCAGGUUUACGAAUAGUUAGGGGUCCAGAUUGGGCCUGGGGAGACCAAGAUGGCGGUGAAGGGUUUGUGGGCACCGUCUGUGAAUUGGGUAAACCAGGAACUGGAGCCUCUCCAGAAAAAACUGUAGUGGUCCAGUGGGACAAUGGGGCUAGAACUAACUAUAGAGUGGGUUAUAUGGGCAAGUAUGACCUAAGAAUCAUUGAUAAUGCUCAAAUAGGAAUCAAGCAUCCGAACACAGUGUGUGAUUCCUGUAAAGUCCAAGGGAUUAGUGGCAUGAGCUUCAGGUGUAAGGUGUGUCCCAACUAUGACUUAUGUUACAAAUGUUACCAUAAUGACAAACAUGAUUUGGUGCAUCAGUUUAUGAGAUUCGACACGGCAUUGUCACCUGGUGUAUUAUUGCCUCCUAGAGAAAAAUGUCGUAAGGGUGAACUUAAGGGUAUUUAUGAAGGGGCUAAGGUAAUCAGAGGAUUUAACUGGGAGUGGAGUAAUCAGGAUGGGGGAGAAGGAAAAGUUGGUACAGUGAUUGACAUAAGGGGCUGGGAUAAUGAAACUAGUAGAUCUGUGGUAAACAUUCAGUGGUCCUCAGGAAAUACAAAUGUUUACAGACUGGGUCAUAAAGGCAUUUGUGAUAUUAAGUUUAUACAGCCAACUAGUGGAGGUUCAUAUUAUCCAGAUCAUUUGCCAGUUUUAGGUCAAAAUAUUGAGCCCCCUAUUCAAAGACCUGCAAGAUCAGGCCCUUUACCUUUUGGGGUAGGAGAUAAGGUUCAAGUCACUGUUACUUUAGAACAAUUAAAAUCUAUGCAACAAGGGCACGGAGGGUGGAAUCCUAGAAUGGCUGAGUAUAUUGGGAAAAUUGGACUGGUUCACAGAGUAACAGAUAAGGGAGAUAUAAGGGUUCAGUAUGAAGGCUGCAACAACAGAUGGACCUUUAAUCCGGAAGCCUUGCACAAAAUCAUUAGUUUUGCCGUUGGUGACAUUGUUACCCUGAUAUCUGAUGCUGAAAAAGUCAAAGAGUUACAAAAGGGACAUGGAGAGUGGAUAGACUAUAUGAAGAAUUCUUUGGGAAAACUCGGCAAAGUGCUAAAGAUUUACGGAGACGGUGACCUGAGGGUUCAACUGGACGGCACAGUAUGGACUUUAAACCCGUUGUGCGUUAAAACUGUGCCAGGGAGUGCUGCCGAACUAGCGAACACUAUGCACGCCAACCAAAAUCAGAGACAAGGUCCCUCCAUCGAAUGGCAUCCGGGAGUGCACAACACGCCAAAUCCGGAUUCGAACGCGUCGGUGGACGCGUUGGUCCGGGCCGCGGCUCAAGGUCAUUUGGAGGCCGUGCAACGAUUGGUCGAAGGCCCGUCACGUGUCCACGUUAACGCUCGUAGUAGCGGUAAAACCGCUUUACAGGUUGCAGCGCAUCAAGGCCACAUCGCGGUAGUCACGUUUCUGCUGCGCCACGUCGCCAACGUCAAUAUAAGCGACACGGACGGCGACACUUGUCUGCAUUAUGCCGCCUUCGGAAACCAACCGGAAGUGCUGGAUCUCCUGAUAAAAGUCGGAGCGGAUUUGAACGUUGCGAAUCGGAGCGGAUGCACCGCCCUCCACGUGGCGGCGAAUAAGCAACCGGCACGCUGUGCUCAACUUCUUUUAGCCGCCGGUGCGGAUCCGAAUCGGGUCGAUCUUUACGGGGACACCGCGUUACAUGACGCUAUUGGAAAAGACUGUUUGCAAGCCGUGGAACUCUUGUGUACUACACCAGGCACCGACUUCACUUUACGUAACAAGCGAGGUUUUAACGUGCUCCAUCAGGCGGCGUUGAAGGGCAAAAAUUGGGCCACGCAAUGUUUGUUGCAACACGCGCGCCAACUGGUGAACGUAAAGAAGGACGACGGGUUUUCCGCCCUACACUUGGCCGCCCUGAACGGACAUCGCGAGGUCGUCGAGACGUUGAUCCGGGUCGGACAAGCCGAAAUCGAUCUAAGGAACAAUAGAAAUCAAACCGCUUUACUGUUGGCCGUCAGUCAGGGCCAUUCAGAUGUAAUAGAAACCCUAAUUCGUCUUAAAGCGGACGUAAACGCGACGGACGAGGACGGAGAUUCCGCGCUGCACAUGGUCCUAAUGAAACGCACCCAACUAACGAGGGAGAUCACCGAAAGUCACAGUCCACAGAUAAACCAGAUAUUCCUGGAACUACCGGUGUCGGAGCACAAAUUGGCCCUGGCGAUCGCCUGUUUCUUAAUCCGGAAGGGCAUAAAUAUUGACGCGGUCAACUCUAAAGGCCAACACGCCCUGGAUUUGCUGCAGGAACCGGCGUUACAGGAUCUGCUCCGUAGUUACGUGGUGGUAGUCGAGGAGACGCAGGAGGAACGACAGUCGGAUUUGCCCCAGUUGGAUCUGCUCGUGUCGCGGUUGGAGGGUUAUAAUUUGACGAAAAACAGUCCUGGGGGGGAACCGAGGGGUAAUAGGAGAAGCAGGAGGAAUGAGGCUGUGCCAGAGGAUGACGUCUCUUUAGGAAAUAUCACGGAAUGCCGAGUAUGUUCAGAAGUGACCGAAGAGAACGUGAAACUGGAACCGUGCGGUCACAAGCCGGUCUGCGAGGACUGUUCGAGUCGCAUGAAAAAAUGCCUCGUGUGCGACGAGUUCGUGCAGAAACGAGUAACGAAGGACGGCCGCGUUGUGCAACCGAAAAACCGACAACCGAGUGCCGAGCGAGUGAAAUAUUUGGAGAAUAAAAUCGCCGAGUUCGAGGAGAGUCACGCGUGCAGCAUCUGCAUGGAACGGAAGAGGAACGUCGUGUUUUUGUGCGGCCACGGGACCUGUCAGGUGUGCGCCGACACUUUGAGGACUUGUCACAUGUGCAGGAAAACUAUUACCAAGAAAAUUCCUAUUUAUUGAGGUUCGAGGAGGGAUAGUUUAUGGGAAAACGUCCGUGUUAGGUGUAUAAGGUUGUCCUAAAAUAGUCGUUGUGAAUUUAUCGAUUGGCGUCUUAAUUUGUUUUUUUUUUGUUACUGCCUCAGGUAUUUUGGUUUCAGGCCAAGUUUUUAUUCAAAGAAAUCAAGAAUAAUUUUAAAUGAACACUUUUAUACCUAAAGGAUUUUUAGUGAAGCAUGCGUAAUACAUGUUUUAGACAUAAAUGAUGUGUUUAACGGCGAUUUCGGAAACACCCUAACAUCGUAUGUAUUUAAUUUUUAAUUAAAUCCGUAGGUGAGAUCUAAUUAUAUCAUUUUUAAAAUAAAUAAUUGUACGUUUUAGACUCUUAAGGAUAUACUGACUUGUAAAAUAUCUGUGAUUUAUAAUAUUUUUAUCCGUUUACCAUAUUUAUAUUUAGGGAAUAAAAUUUUAUUGAAAUAAAGGAUUUUGAGUAA